GCGAGUCGGAAGUUCCCUCACUUAGAACUCGGAAGUUCCCUCACUUAGAGCCCGGAAGCUGGUGUCUGGUGUGUCUUUUCCUGGCUGUGGGCGAAGGAGGUUCUCUGCGUUUGUGGGACUAGAAGGCGGCCGGUCAGGCUUAGAAGGUUCUCGGCUGGGUCGUCUCUGUCUUCCGGGCCCGGGGAUGGCGGCUCUCACGUGCAUCACCUGCCGGGUGGCGUUCCGCGACGCGGAGCUGCAGCGGGCGCACUACAAGACGGACUGGCACCGCUACAACCUGCGGCGCAAGGUGGCCGCCAUGGCCCCGGUGACGGCCGAGGGCUUCCAGGAGCGGGUGCGGGCGCAGCGCGCGGUGGCCGAGGCGGCGGAGGCGAGCAAGGGCGCGGCCACCUACUGCACGGCGUGCGGCAAGAAGUUCGCCACCUUCAACGCCUACGAGAACCACCUCGGCUCCCGGCGGCACGCCGAGCUGGAGCGGAAGGCGGUGCGGGCCGCGAGCCGGCGCGUGGAGCUGCUGAACGCCAAGAACCUGGAGAAGGGGCUGGGCGCGGACGGCGUCGACAAGGACGCCGUGAACGCCGCCAUCCAGCAGGCCAUCAAGGCCCAGCCCUCCACGUCCCCCAAGAAAGCGCCCUUCGUGCCCACGGACGAGUGCGGGAGGGCGGCGGCGGGCGCACGGGGCGUCCCGGAGCGAGACCCGACGGAGAAGCCGCCCCGGCUCCAGUGGUUCGAACAGCAGGCGAAGAAGCUGGCGAAGCAGCAGUGGGAGGACGGAGAGGAGGAGGGAGAGGAAGAGGAGGAAGACGACGAAGACGAAGAUUGGGAAGAUAUUGAUUCCGAUGAUGGAUUGGAAUGUGAGGACCCUGGAGUGGAGGAUCAGGAUGCAGAAGAUGCAGCGGCUGAGGAGAGCCCACCCCUAGGUGCCAUCCCAAUAACAGACUGCUUGUUUUGCUCCCAUCAUUCAAGCUCCCUCGUGAAGAAUGUGGCUCAUAUGACUAAAGUCCACAGCUUUUUUAUUCCUGAUAUAGAGUAUCUUUCAGAUUUGAAAGGACUAAUUAAAUAUUUGGGAGAGAAAGUUGGUGUUGGCAAAAUUUGCUUGUGGUGCAAUGAGAAAGGGAAGUCCUUCUAUUCCACAGAAGCUGUACAGGCACACAUGAAUGACAAAAGCCACUGUAAGCUCUUCACAGAUGGUGACGCUGCCUUGGAAUUUGCAGACUUCUAUGAUUUUAGGAGUAGCUACCCAGACUACAAGGAGGGGCAGGAUCCUGCUGAGCUUGAGGCCUUGUCCACAGACAAGAUCUUGGAAUGUGAUGAUGAAACCAUGGAGCUGAUACUUCCUUCUGGUGCCAGAGUGGGUCAUCGCUCCUUGAUGAGAUACUACAAACAGCGAUUUGGCUUGCCAAGAGCUGUGACAGUUGCUAGGAAUCAAAAGGCUGUGGGCAGAGUUCUCCAGCAAUACCGAGCCCUGGGGUGGAUGGGCAGCACAGGAGCAGCUCUCAUGCGUGAACGGGACAUGCAAUAUGUGCAGAGGAUGAAAUCAAAAUGGAUGCUGAAGAUAGGAAUGAAGAACAACGCCACCAAGCAGAUGCACUUCAGGGCCCAAGUGAGGUUCUGAGAGGCUGAAACAGAUGCAUCUCCCGCUGCACUUCCCUCCUUGUCUGAGGACAGGGAAGCCAGAUUGCCGAAUGGUUCCUUUGCUGCUACUUCAUUUGUUCUGAUCUAAUAAAGUCAAAAUCAUGGUUGUCUUCAAUGUCGUAUUUGAGCAGUGUUUAAAGCUUUCAAGUGGGGACGGAUGUGAAGCUUGGGCUUGCUUGUUGGGCUCCAGGACCUGCAUGACCUCCUGACAGUUGCUUUCCUGCCUCAGCUUUCAGAUGCUUUCUGGCUGUCAGCAUAAGGUGGGAAACGCAAGCGAUUUGUCUAGUCCAAAAUUAGUUUAAAAUUUGGAAUAACUCAUUACUUCUUGUCUAAGGGACCUUCGUCAGGGGCUUUGAGGAUUAUAUAAGAGCAAAACUGAAUGUCACUUGUGAAUGUAUGUGGCUUAGGAAGUUGCCCAUGUCUCUGGGUGUGUUGAUAAAAUGCAGAAAAGAACAGAACAUGUUAAGGGCUUGGUAUGCAGGGUUUUUAUUUCCAAAUAAGAACGAAGAAUGACUGCCAGCUUUUAAGUAGUUUUUAGGACUGCCUCACAGUUAAAUCUCUGAAGAGAUUCUUAAUUUAGGUUGCUUAGGAGAAGGCACUAAUAAUACCCUGGCAGGGAAGCUAAGCUCAUUCAUUGAGCUACCUUUGGGACUUUGAGAAAGUGAUACACUUUGUGCAUUUUGGGGGGUGGUUCUUUUAGUCCUUUUAUCUCACGGCUUGUGAGUGCUUAAUGAAACAGAGGACCCAGUCCAUACUAAUAUAUACUUCCCAGCAGUAGGCUUGUGAAUAAACACUCUUUCAGUAUACAAAGUGCCAUAUCAAGGUCAAAGCUAGGACGUUCCUGUGACACAGUGCCUAAGGAUCCCAUAGGCUGAGGUUGCCUGGACCCUGUGCUAAAUGACCUUUGCCAACCUUUUAUUAUGACACUUAGGGUACAAGCGGUCCUGAUGUAGAAUUGAACCCUGUGUCACUCAGGAUACAAAUUCACUAUUGUUUAAAAAAACGGGGCUCUUUGGUUUGAAUUCUAUUCCUUCAUCUUUUCUAUAGCCUCCCCACAGAAAUACUGGGUCUCCUGACAUCUCUGACAUAUUUAAAUCUGUAUCUUUAUAGUGUGUUUCAGGUGGUGUUUUCAAUUUACAUUCUAUUAAAUAUGUAUUCUAAUUGUGUU